AUAAGCUCAAUGUACUGAUCAAACUCUUUUCUCUCUCUUCAAACUCAAUCUUUUCUUUCCUCUUCAUGUGGAUCUGUACUUGGUUCUUUUCCUUCCAUUUUUUAUUAAUCAAAAUACUUUCAAUUUCAAUUUCAUGUCAUUUCUGAAACCUCUUUCUGGGUUUUUCUUCUCUUCUCCUGUUUUUUCUCUUCUGAGUUGGCAAUUUUCGUUUUGAGAUUCCUGGUUGUGGAUUGUUUCUCAGAAAUGUGUAAAGUUUUCUUCUUUGUAGCUGUGUUCAGUGUUGAAUUUAAGAAUGUGAUUCCGUGUCAGGGGCAGCUGUGAUGUGAUUCCAGAUCCUCUUGUUGCUUUCUCAGAAGUGAUUCAUGGUUUUUUUCUGCUUGUAUCGAUCUAUUAAUUCAUCAAAAAACCAAAAAGGGUCCUACCUGUAUCCCAUUUCCAUUGGUGUUCUUUACCACAAUUUCUUAAUUUCAAAGAUCAGUUCAUGGAUGCUGGCUUACCAUAGAUACUGGGGUUCGUUUUACUUGGAAAUCUCUUUGUUCAGGCAUAUUGACAGCUAUGAGUAGUGUGACUAGUGGGGGUGAUAAUCGAAAAAUAUCCAAAGGUCGUCGGUCAUCAUCAUUAGAGGAAGAAGCUGGAGUUGGAGGUAACAUAAGAGGAGAAAGUCCUCUGAAGAAAGGCCCAUGGACUGCAGCAGAGGAUGCAAUUUUGGUAGAAUAUGUCAAAAAACACGGACAAGGCAAUUGGAAUGCAGUACAUAAAUAUUCAGGACUUGCCCGUUGUGGGAAAAGCUGCCGUCUACGAUGGGCAAAUCAUUUGAGACCAGAUCUAAAAAAAGGUGAAUUUACUGCAGAAGAAGAGAAUCGAAUCCUUGAACUACAUGCUAAGAUGGGAAACAAAUGGGCUCGAAUGGCUGCAGAGUUGCCUGGACGUACGGAUAAUGAGAUCAAGAACUACUGGAACACAAGAAUCAAAAGAAUGCAACGAGCAGGCUUACCAAUCUACCCUGAAGAAUUGUGCCAACGGAUACUUAAUUGCAAUCAAGAAAGUCAAAAUAUUAGCAUCCUGUCAAAUGAAGCCUCCCAGCAUGGUGAUCUGUCACAAACAGACUUUGAUAUACCAGACGUGGAAUUCAAAAUUUUCAAAUUUCGUCAUGGUCUAUCACAUGGACAGUCAAUAUUUGAUAUGCCUGAAAGUAGCUUGUUUGAUCAAAGUUCAGACUCAUCCCAUAGUUAUAACUUGUUCCCAACUAUGCGUCCUACAAAACGCCCUCGGGAGUCAGAAAUGCUAUAUGAUAGUUUUGAAAGUUGUACAAUUAAUGCUGCCCCACUAUUUGAUCAGUAUGACAAUUAUACUUCUGAAAAAAUUUCUGACCAUCCUAGGUUGUCUCUUCCACGUGAUCCCGUUCUUAACACCAAUGAUCAGUUUAAUGGUGAUAACCUUACCGGCAGCCAUGCCGCAUUAAAUGGCAAUGCCUCUUCUUCUGUGCCCAUGUUUAGGGCCAUGAAGUUGGAGCUCCCUUCACUCCAAUAUCCUGAAACUCAACAUGGUAGCUGGGGCACGCCUACGUCCCCGCUUCCUUCACUCGAGUCUGUUGAUACAUUGAUUCAAUCUCCUGUUGUUGAGCCUAUUCUAUUAGAUCCCAUUUCUCCGCAGAGCAGUGGUUUGCUGGAAGCGAUAGUCCACAACUCGAAAAGCUUGAAAGGCUCAAACAAUGAUUUAUUAUUACAAGAAACAAUUGGUACAACCAAUGAAGUAGCUAAGAGUUCAACCUUGAAUCAUUCCUUUCAGACAAAAUGGUAUGAACUAGGGGAGCCAAAUUCCCCCUUUGGUCAAUCUGCUGCUUCAGUUCUAAUUGAGUAUACUCCUGUAAGCAUGUGCUCAGUGGAUGGCCCCCAAUCAAUUGAAACCACUCAGGAUCAUGAUGAUAAGCAUGAAGCACUCACCACCCAAUUUCCAGACAGUUCCAGGAAGAAAAAAAAUAUAUUGAAACAGAUGGAUUAUACACAGCCAGAUGCUUUACUUGACUUAGGUUGGUUUGGGAAUAGCACCGAGUAUGGAAGUGAUCAAUCUGUUCUGCAAGAUGCUUUAAGUGCACUUCUUGGUGAAGAUUGUCAGCGCUAGCCAUAGCAAGUAGGUGGGUAUAGAUGCAUUGUUUUGGCAUUAGUGUAUUGCCUGUUCAUGACAUAACUUCAUUUUAUUUUUUGUCAACUUUCUUAACACUAUUUGGUUCUUUGUUUUUUUUUCUUUCUCAGUCAUCUUUAGAAUUUUAUGUUGUGAUGAUCAGAGAUUUUAUGACACAUUUCAAUUUGCUUUGAUGUUAUAAAGUUGGUGGUAUGCAUUCUAUCUCA